AGAGGUCGAAAUCGGGUACCCGAUACCCGUACCCUACCCAAUACCCGAGUACCCGUUUGCGACCCUGGUGCGGCCGGUUACGGGUACGGGUAGGCCGUGAGUCACUGCGACGGUUACCACGGCAAUGCUCUCGGCUCCCAGCAUUCCCGGGAAAUUUGCGGUGAUGACCCCUGACCACGGCAACGAGAGGUCACCAAACGCGGUCCCACAUGCGUCCAAGACUGCCGCGGCUGCGGUGGCUGGAACGUCGGCCAACACUCCGCCGCGUCUGCUCAACCCCAUCGACCUGGUGCGCGCCCAGGCGGGCCGCAUGCUCUCGUUCCGCGUGCCCGACGACACCUUCUUCGACGCCGAGGACGGCGACGCCGCCCGGCUGCGUCUCUCGCUCGUGCCGGCCGAAACGCAUCGUCCUCAUCAUCAUCAUCAUCAGGAUCAUCAGCAUCAUCAGCAUCAGGAUCAUCAUCAUCAGCAUCAUCAUCAGCAGCAUCGUCAUCGUCAUCAUCAUCAUCCUCCGCAGCAGCAGCCUCCCUCGUGGUCGUCGUUGUCAUCAUCGUCAUCAUCGUCGUCGUCAUCAUCGUCGUGGGUGCGCUUCGACGCCCGGGCGAGAGCCAUCGUCGGCGUGCCGCUGGGAGGCGACGCAGCGCGGCCCCCGCAGGAGUUCGUGAUGGUGGCGCGCGACGCCGGCGGGCUCGAGACGCGCGACGCGUUCGUCAUCGAGGUCCUCCCCGCGCAGCGAGAGACUCCGUCGCACGUCUUCUGGCUGACGCUGCGCGAGCCGCACUCCGCCUUCGCAGCAAACCGCAGCCUUGCCGCAGCGCUCCUCUCCAAGGUGGCCUCGUUCUUCGGCGAUCGCGACGCCCGAAACGUCGCUCUGCUCUCCCUCGCGCCGGCCCCCGCCGCCGAGGACGAGCGCGGACACCGCGGCCGUCGCGGCCACCACCGCCACCGCCACGGGCCCGCCGAGCACACGCGCGUCGCUUGGUUCAACGUGUCGCUGGCACACAACCUGCGGUGCCGGUGGGGGUCCAUCGCCCGGCUCGCGCGCCGAAUGGGCGCCGGUGGGCAGGGCGCGCCCACGGCCGGCUUCUUCUGGGCGCUGCUGCCCGAGUUCUGGGUGGAGCGGCUGGGCGACACGGAGCUCCACGGCGCCUGUGACGCUGCGGUGGGGGGGGCGAGGGCCGACGGCGCCGACGGUGCUGGCCGGGAGGAGCUCGCCGGGGGAGAGGUGACGCGCGUUCCGCUGCACACCAGCGAGCUCAGGUCGUGGCUCGAGACGGUGCUGCCGGCGCUGGUGGUCUCGGCGCUGCUGCUCGUCGGCGGAGUCGUCGCCGCCGCUGCCCAGCACCACCGCCGCCGCUGCUGCUGCUGCUGCUGCCCGCGGUGGCGGUGGCGGGGGCGGAGCCGGCGCACGGACCGCGUCCGCCCCGCCGCCGCGCGCCGCGCCGUCCGCUGGGACCUCGCCAUCAACCGGCGCGUGCUGGCGCCGCACAAGGCAGCGCUGCUGCCCCGUGAGCCGCGGUCCCCGGCGCUCCUCCUCGCCGCGGCCAACCCCGGGUUCCUCCCGGCGCCGUCGUCGCCGCCGCCGGCGCCGCCGCCCCGGUACCGGUUACCGCCGGCGUACGGCCGGUCGAGGGCGACGAGCAUCUUCGCGGUGCUCGACGGCGCAUGCAGCUGACGUCGUCCGCCGGGGAGACAACGGCGGUGCCGCGGAAGAAAGAGAGGAGACCCCGGUGUUGGGGUGGAGGCUGCGGGUGGAGGAGAGAGACGAGAUUGCCGGAUGUUGGGGUGGAGGCUGCGGGUGGAGGAGAGAGACGAGAUUGCCGGUGAUGGGGUGGAGGAGAGAGAGGAGACGCCUGGCUGACGGUGCCCGGGCCGACGCGACGUGCCGGCAAAAACGGGACGCGAGGUGGAGGUGAAUCAGGUCCACGGUUUCUGGUCGACAUUAUCGAUCAACGGACGUCGCCCCAGUCGAUAUUCCCGGCCAAGCUGAACAGUGGGUCAACGGAUAGCACAUCAAACACACCACCUCCGACUUCAUUCCUGCGCAUCUCCGAUUUAGCGAAACAAGUUACAUACAUACACACACGUGUAGAUACAUGCAUACAUGUACGUUGAAGUUUUUUUUUUUUUUGGCGCACCGUACGAAGCCAACCGUGCUAAGCGGAGGGGCGGGGGAAGGACAAGAAACUGAGCGCAGAAAGCAUUUCUCUGAAAAUGAGUUUUAGUUUGUAAAUAAGUUACUGACAUGACGGGACACCAGUUUGACGGGACACGAGGUCUGCGGGACACCAGUUUGACGGGACACGAGGUCUAUGGGACACCAGUUUGACGGGACACGAGGUCUACGGACACCAGUUUGACGGGACACGAGGUAUAUGGGACACCAGUUUGACGGGACACGAGGUCUAUGGGACACCAGUUUGACGGGACACGAGGUCUAUGGGACACCAGUUUGAUGGGACACGAGGUCUGUGGGACACCAGUUUGACGGGACACGAGGUCUACGGGACACCAGUUUGACGGGACACGAGGUCUGUGGGACACCAGUUUGACGCGACACGAGGUCUGUGGGACACCAUUUGACGGGACACGAGGUCUGUGGGACACCAGUUUGACGCGACAUGAGGUCUAUGGGACACCAGUUUGACGGGACACGAGGUCUAUGGGACACCAGUUUGACGGGACACGAUGUCUACGAACACCAGUUUGACGGGACACGAGGUCUACGGGACACCAGUUUGACGGGACACGAGGUCUACGGGACACCGGGCUGACGGUCCAGCCCAGGGCGGUCGGCAACCUGUCUAAAGAAGAAGAGUCAGAUUUUGUUUUAGUCGUUUUUUGUUCCCCUUUGACCAAAACAAUUGUUUCAGGAGCCGCAAACCUCUUGUAGACGCGCACAAAAGCGGCGUCAGGAAAACAGCGGGCGACGAAACUGAUUUUGACUCGAAUAAAACUAAUUUGGCGAUGGAAUAAACUCCCCCCUAUUCAUAAGAGUUUUUUUUUGUUUGGGUUAGAUCGUGUAAAUAUGUAAAUGUGUCGUUAAAACCCGCCGCCGCCCAACACAGCCAACUAGUAAGGGUUUGUCAUGUAAAUAGAACGUGGCCAAUUCGUCACAACACCGGUGUGUUGGAGAGCCAAGCCACAACAUUUACAAUCCGAGUACGACGUUUCGCCAGUAAUUACAACCAGCUUCAUCAGGCGACAGCCAGAUUUGUGGAGAAGUCCACCCGUUUCGUUCCUUACAUAGAGGCGGAGAGGUGGUGACCACGCUUGUGCGCUCUUGCGCAAAGUGUGGAGGGGAGGGGGUGGGAUUAAUGAGUCUACGUGUUAAAUCCCCCCAUUGAGUGUAGCCCCCCGCCUCCCCUAGUGAAUUCCUCAACGAUACACCUGGGCCGUCGUACAUUUCAUCCUCACCAAGACAUGCCGUGGUCACCGCCUACCCCUUGCCAUUUUCAAUCAAUUAUACUCACAUAGUAGUAGGUUUUUACCCUUUAAGCUGGUACAAAACUGACACCUUUAUACAAGGCAUCAUGUUUGCAAUAACCACAACACAAGCAUUCAAAAUGCAAUCAAAAGAAACAACAAACAUAUUUUGCCACUGGUAAAGGAGAUGUCUCAUAGUGUUAAUGCUUACCCCGAGCUCUCAAUACUCUGAUAGUGAGCUGUUUUUGAAUUGUACGCCUUUUGGCGUCAUCUGGUCCAACACCAAUGGAGACUAGGCUCUAAGAAAAGCUGUCUCGGGUGUGGACCAAUCAACUCCAAGGACAGUGCAUAUCAUUAUCAGAGUUGUUUCUUUUUGUUUGCAUUUUGACUGCUUGUGUUGCGGUUAUUGCAAACAUGAAUGCUUGUAAAAAGGUAUCAGUUUUGUACCAGUUUAAAGGGUAAAAAUCUACUACUAUAUUUUUGCCACUGGUAAAAGAGGUCUCAUAGUGUAUCUUAUAAAAAAUAUAUUUAUACAAAUAUAAUAAUAACCGGCUGCCCCUCUGAGGAUGCAGCCAAAGAGCUGCACGUGAUUCGGGAGCAGGUUGCCGAGCGCCCCUCCAACCCCCCCCCUGGACUCGAGACCAACAACGAGACUCCUCGCGAUGCACCAGGGGGACACGGGGCAAGACGCGGGCACUGCAGCCGGAGCAGCAAGACGACCACGUGACGGGAACACCCUCUCAGUAAAAUUUGAAAU